AUGUAUUUGAAGACGGUGUUGCAGACGCUGGCAACAAAGAAACAAUUAGAGGCCGAAGAUCUUUACAAAUUGAACGAGGCCACCUUUAAUGUGCCAGAAGAAGAAAGCAUAGAUGACAAAAUGGCUAGCAAGCUUUUUGCAGCUGUGGAGAAAACAGUGGCAGCUUACACCGGUGGCAGGUACGACAAGGAGGAUGGAAACUUUUUCUAUGACUAUGUUGCCCUCUUGGGCACAAUGCAGAAUCAGCACUUCUUCAGCAAGAAACAGCAUGAAAUGAUGAUCAAUUGGCUCAAGGAGGCUUUGGGAAGUGAAGGGGAGAAACCCAAGGGCAACUCCAAGGUUGUAGCAAGGCUGGAGGAGGAGCAUCGAAAAUUGCUCGAGGCAGCUUUGUAG